GGGACUGCAGUAGCGCUAGGUGGGGGCGGGGGCUGCAAUGUCACUCACUUGAGACUCAGGUGUGUGCGUCCCAAACGGGGUUCGCCACAAGCCGGCAUCUUCCUGGUACCACCCAUGGUUCAGGGCCCGAGGCAGAGGGCAGGGGACUGCGGAUCCGUCCCUGAAGCGGGACGCGAACCGGCAGAGUUGGGAGAAGAGCCUCCAACCCCAGGAGCCGAGCAUGCUGCCCCCGCGUGCAGCGCCCGCGUGCACCGGGCCGGGAGAGGGGGCGACAGGGCGGAGGCGGCGGCCCCCGGAAGGUGUCUGGGACCGGACCGGCUGCACGUGAGCCCAGCGCGAGGUCAUGUGCACCGGCUCAGCCCGGUUCGGCGCCCGGACGUGCUGCGUAUCAACAAAAUGAAACUCGGGGAGACAGGAGGGCACAUAGCUCCAGGUUCUCAGAGCCCCCGCCCGGGCCGCUCGACCUCCCCACCGUACCCAUCUCCCGCCGCAGCCCCUACGCCCGGCCGGAGCCCGCGGGGCAAGUUGCAGCCCUGGCGCGCCCCCACCCGCCCGCGCCCCCUCGCCGGCCCGGGGGCGCUUUGCCGCAGUCAUUAAUAAAGAAGGUCGCCAAGCUCA